AUGAAGCUUUUUGGACUCGUCGCUGCUGCUACCGCUUCUCCUCUCAACUGGGCUGUCAACACCUGGUGGAACGAGGCCCUCAACGUCUACGACUUCGCGAGCAACAACCCUGCUGCCUUCCGCGAUGCCGUCAACUCCGUUGGCGACGCUGCCUACACCCCCUCCUUCCAGUACUGCGGCGGCAACGACGGCAUCGUCUCCGCUCAGGAACUCACCGUCUGCGCGGCUGAGAUCGCCGAAUACGUCGGAAUGAGCCAGAGCUCCCAGAACUUCGUCUACAACUUCGCCUCUAAAUACUGGGACGUCGUCGACACUGAUUCCAAUGGCGCUUUGGACUUUGACGAGUACAAGCUGGCCAUUGGCGCUUUCGCCGCCACCAAUGCCCGAGUCGUCAUCGAUGCUUAUGACAACAACGGCGACGGACAACUCGCCGGUGCUGAGCUCACCGAAUGGAAGAACCAGGCUAUCCAAGCCUUCGGCAACUGGGGCUGGUCCGUUGACGGACAAACCUACGCCGCUCUCCAGGCUGCUUACGCCAACGCCCAGACUGAUGGAGACUUCAACACUUGCUCCAUGCUCGAGAUUGCUCGAUUCCAGCUCAACGCCGGAAACGUCUUCCUCCAGUAA